UCUGAUGCAAUGCUCCUGAUCAGUAAACGUGUGGCGGAUGUAGCUGUAUUCCAUCGUCGACCGACAAGAGCUCAAGUCUACACAGCAGAAAAACGUAUUUUAAUGAUAAAAAAAAAAUUGUUUUCGCGUCGCCACGUUGCGAGCUACUCGUCUUUGUUGCUAGUGGCGACUACAGUCGGUUACAAUGCUGCGACUUGAGGUCGACUAGGCUACAUGAGAUAAGGACUUUGGUAAAUUACAUCGGCUAGACUAAUCGCUUUGGCCUGUUCUUCGCCCAGUCGUAUGCAGUAUGAAGAACACGUCGUUAUGAAACACUAUUUCAAAAUGAUGACUGACAUGAUUGUGUUGUGUGCCACUUUGGCCAUAUCUCUUUCAUUCUGGAUCAUUUCUAUGACAGCCAGUACAUAUUACGGCACUUUGCAGCCUGUUUCUCCAUGGCGUUGGCUGUUUUCCAUUCUGGUCCCCUUGAGUCUUGCCUCACAUGGGUUGAAGCGCAAAAGUCUGGACUACAGUGGAGCACUGGGAGGAAUGUUGGUUGGAUUCGUUCUGACAAUGGCCAACAUGAGCUUCUUUGCCUCCUUGUUGACGUUUUUUCUCACCUCUUCCAAACUGACCAAGUGGAAGGGUGCAGUGAAGAAGAAGAUGGAUGCUGAAUAUAAGGAAGGGGGACAGAGAAACUGGAUGCAGGUGUUCUGUAACGGUGGUGUCCCGACCGAACUGGCCCUCCUGUACAUGAUCGAGGUGGGCCCCGGGGAAAUGCCGGUGGAUUUCGGGAAGCAGUACACGGCCACCUGGAUGUGCCUGUCCCUGCUGGGGGCGCUGUCCUGCAGCACGGGGGACACCUGGGCCUCCGAGGUGGGGCCCGUCCUCAGCAGGAGUCCGCCCCGCCUCAUCACCACCUGGCAGGUGGUCCCUGCAGGCACAAAUGGGGGGGUCACGCCGGUGGGCCUUGUAGCCAGCCUGCUGGGCGGGGUGACCGUGGGCGUGGCUUACUUCAUCACCCAGCUCUUAUUUGUGAAGGACCUGAGCCUGGCGGCUCCCCAGUGGCCAAUCGUGGUGUACGGGGGCAUGGCUGGCCUACUGGGGUCAAUGCUGGACUCUGUUCUCGGGGCCAUCAUGCAGUACUCAGGUUAUGAUGAAAGCAUCGGGAAGGUUGUCAACUGUGAGUCAAAGACGGCUAAGUGGAUUUGUGGGAAACCAAUCCUGGACAACAACGCCGUCAAUCUGUUCUCCUCCAUCAUAAUUGCCUUGGUGCUGCCUGGACUGGCUUGGGGCCUCUGGCCUGGGCAGUGAAACGGACCUGAACUGGAAGGCCUGCGGAUGACUCAUCACAUUGCCUUGCCUGUGUCAGCCGACUACGAUUGGCAGUCUGCAGCGGUGGACAAAAUUGGCUUUGAGCCACCCAGGGAUGAGGCAGACGCACUGUAUGAGUAGGCCGAAGUUCCCUGGGUUACCACAGCAACCACCAGCUGCUCCAGCUCUUUUAGCUUAGUGACGCGUCGGUUGUCCUCUGUUUACUGGUUUCUGUCGGUGAGCGAUUCGACCCGAGCCCUCCUGUGGUAAUGUGUGGCCCAUGCCCACACUGCAGCUGCAGAUCUCCUUGUGCUGGGUGAGGGUGGCACAGCAGCGAAUUGAGAAGCACAGUUAGUGAUUCUGAAACUUAAAGCCUGGUAUAAUUUUUCAAAUUUCCAAAAUACAUAAGGUUCAUGUUCGCAUUGGCUCAUGAGACUCUCUUAAAAAAAAAAGAAUUUAAAAAAGUGACCAUUUUUUGACCAUCCAACCUCUGAAAUAACUGUAUGUAAAAUCUAAUUUUAAUGAUUCUGUAAAAAGCCAAUAAAUGUAGUGACAUAACUCCAGGGUAAGUGUUCAGUUUGAUAUACCAAGCUUGCACAGCCAGUUGGGAGAUUUAUACUGAAGAGCAUAUUUAUACACAGGCAUCAGACUCUUUUCCGGGUGAGGGUGCUGCCGUACCUGCAGGAAUUUUAGUUUCCACGUCUGUGGUACUGGGGUUAUGUCAUGUCCAGACCUGCUAAUCAUGGUUUGUGCAUAUUUGUGUGAAAGUGUAAUUCCAGUGAUACAUAUGUGAUGUCAUUUGAUGUCUUUAAUGUCUUAAUUGCGAUGAGCUGUAUACUGUAACUCUCUCUUUGUUUCUUUCAAAUGCACAAUGUGACGCUCUCAGCAGUGUAAUGACGAGUGGAAAUUGCCGGACUUAUGAAUAUGUUCCCAUUUGACCACAUGGUGGAGCUGUAAGAACCAAAUCCCUUCAGCCUCCACGUCCCAAUUAACCUUGAUUUGGCACACAGGUCCUUCUCAUCAAGAAGAAUGGAUUUGCCUCAAGGACCCAUAUCUUCUGCCAUUUUUUAUUUUUUAAAAAGACGAAAACACCAUCUCAUUAACCGCAAGUCUCACCGGGCCACUCCUUAAACGAGCUGGAAAGUUUUAUGUGAAAUAGAUUAAUGUACAGUGUGUGGCUAAUUAUGAAAAGGAGCUCUUCUUCUUCAGUAUUGUUUCAGCCUCUCAAACAAGCACUGAGUCAUGAAAUGAAUGUGUUUGGGCUUUAAGUUAAUAUGUGACCGGCACAAGUGAUUUCAUAUUCUGCAUUUUCAGUGUUAAUAAAAUACUGCGUAAAACCCCUCUGUACCUGA